AUGAGUGAAACCAAAGAUGAAAAGAAAGAUGUUACAACACCAGUUAUUAUCUGUAUUGGUAUGGCUGGAUCAGGUAAAACUACAUUCAUGCAAAGAUUAAAUUCAUAUUUACAUACUCAAAAACAAAUACCGUACGUUUUAAAUUUAGAUCCAGCAGUUUUAAAAAUUCCAUAUAGACCAAAUAUAGAUAUUCGAGAUUCAAUUAAAUAUAAAAAAGUAAUGGAGGAAUAUAAUUUAGGUCCUAAUGGUGCUAUAGUUACAAGUUUAAAUUUGUUUUCAACCAAAAUUGAUCAAGUCUUGAAACUAAUUGAAAAAAAACAAGACAAGAUUAAAAAUGUUAUAAUUGAUACUCCUGGUCAAAUUGAAUGUUUUAUAUGGAGUGCAUCUGGUGCAAUUAUAACUGAAUCAUUUGCAUCCCAAUUUCCUACAAUUAUUGCUUAUAUUGUUGAUACUCCAAGAAAUACAAAUCCAACUACUUUCAUGUCAAAUAUGUUAUAUGCUUGUUCAAUAUUAUAUAAAACUAAGUUGCCUAUGAUUGUUGUAUUUAAUAAAACUGAUGUUAAAAAUUGUGAAUUUGCAAAAGAAUGGAUGACUGAUUUUGAAAUUUUUCAAGAAGCUAUUAAAAAAAAUCAAGAAGAAGAAGGCGAACAAGGUAGUGGAUACAUGAAUUCAUUAAUUAAUUCAAUGAGUUUAAUGUUGGAAGAAUUUUAUAGUAGUCUUGAUGUUGUUGGAGUGUCCAGUUAUACAGGACAAGGAUUUGAUGAAUUUAUGAAUGCUGUAGAUAAUAAAAUUGAUGAAUAUAAUGAUUAUUAUAAAACUGAAAGAGAAAGAAUAUUGAAACAAAAGGAAUUAGAUGAAAAGAAAAGAAAAGCUAAAUCUUUAAAUAAAUUAAUGAAAGAUAUGGAUAUGAAAGAUAAAAAUGCUGAUGUAUUAUCAGAUUAUGAAGAAUCAGAAGAUGAUGAAUUACAAGGUGAAGUUUUAAGAGAUGAAGAACAAGUUGAAAGAGAAUAUACAUUUCCAGAAGAUAGACAAAAUGAAUUAGGUACUGAUGAAGAUUUACAAAAAAGAUAUCAACAAGCAUUUGAGCAAAGUGCAAAACCAGCAUCUUCAAAAACUGCAGAAUCAAUAGCAAAUUAUAUAAAAGGAAGUCAAUAA